UGGCGCAGACGUCGCAUCGGAAACAGGCGGCGAGAACUGGUGCUGGGGGAAUCGCCAGAGAACAUGGCGGCCACCGACAAACCGGCAGGCUUUCGCUGGAUGCCAGCGGCCUUAGCCCUGUCUUUUCUCCCUGUCUUCCUGCACUCGUACGUGAUCAACUGUCGUCACUGCUUCAGUGGAGGAACCUGCUUCAAUAUUGAUCAGGUGGUGAUGUACAAUGUGACCAAGUGUUACCGCUCGGUGUGCCGGCCUUCGAGAAUCACCGGCAAGCCUCCAAUGGUGCAGAUCGAGGACGUGGCCGACUGCCAGCAGUGCCGUCCCAGUCAGAGACAAAUGGCGAGCGCCGAGAGCGACCCGAACCCAAUCCUGCACGGCUGGGUGAAAUAG